UUACGCGAUCUUUACAGUUUGGUUGAUGCAUGCUUACUAGCUAUCACCAUUCAUUGAUAUUAUUUUUGAUGAAAUUAGAUAAGAUUGUGUAGACGCUUCUUAAAGGAGCCUAUCGAAAACAAUUAGAUACUCGUACGACUGUCUGUAGCGAAGAUGGGCACUGUGAGGUUAUCGGUCGUCUGCAAAUUUACUAUAGUAUUUGCUACCGUGGUCAUAUCAAAUGUCUUUGGUGCACCCACUCGUGAAACUAUCAAUUUGGAUGCUCCUGAGAGAUUGGCUCUUCUAAGAAACCAGAUGCAGUUACGUAAUAUCGAUGCGUACAUCAUCACGGACGGUGAUGCUCAUCAGAGUAUCUCUUUCGUGGGUGUAAGAGAUCAAAGAAGACAAUGGCUUUCCGGUUACGUCGGAAGUACCGGGGAUGCAGUAGUAACACUGACGCAAGCUGCACUUUGGACAGACAGUCGAUAUUGGUUACAAGCUGAACAAGAACUAUCUGAUGAUUGGACACUGAUGAAAUCUGGUUUAUCAACGACACCGACAAUCGAAAAUUGGAUAAUCGAAACUUUAUCAUCGAAUGAUUCAGUCGGUGCUGAUCCAGCUUUAAUAACUUAUUUACAGUGGUCAUUAUGGAAUACGACAUUAGCUGCUCGAGGAAUCAAUCUGGUGGCUAUUGAAGAGAAUUUAGUGGAUAAUAUAUGGACUGACCAACCAGAUUUUCCAACAGAUCCAGUUUUCAUUCUUCCUGAUUCAUUUGCCGGUCAAACUCGCCAAGAGAAAAUAGCAAUAAUGCGUGGUGAAAUGUUGUCACGAAAUACCGAUCUUUAUAUUGUGACUGCGUUGGAAGAAAUUGCAUGGUUAACCAAUUUACGUGGUUCUGAUAUACCUUAUUUACCAUUAUUCCGGUCGUACAUGCUUAUCACUAACGAGACCUCAAGAUUAUAUUUGCCGAGUAACAAGCAGACAUCGGGUAUAGUUUCAGUUUUAACGGAAGCAUCGAUCUCCGUCCAUGACUAUGAUGACAUUUGGACGGAUCUUCCAGCAGCUGCAUCAGCUGCUAAUGCAAUUUUGGUACCAGCAGCUUAUAGUUAUGCACUUGGAGUUAGCUAUAAGAUUUAUAAUACGAUGCCUUCGAACAAAAUACAAUUAUUACCAUCUCCUGUACUUUUACGUAAAGACAGAAAAAAUGAUGUGGAGGCUGCAGGCAUGAAACAUGCUCACGUUAAGGAUGCUGUUGCUUUGAUUCAAUUUAUGGGACUUAUUGAGAGAGAAAUGGCUGAGGAUGUUUAUUGGGACGAAUUGAAAGCCGUAGAGACACUGAGCAAACUUCGGACAAAGCAAGCUUAUAAUCGUGGCGACAGUUUUAGUUAUAUAUCAGCAUUUGGACCAAAUUCUGCAUUGCCACAUUAUAUGCCAACUUCUGAGACAAAUUUGCAAAUACUGAAAAACAGCACUUUUAUGUUGGACUCUGGUGGCCAAUAUUAUGAUGGAACUACUGAUGUUACGAGAACAAUACAUUAUGGAAUUCCAACUGAACAACAAAUUGCAUCAUAUACUGCAUUGCUAGUUGGCUGCAUUGACCUAGCCAGUUUAGUAUUCCCAGCAGGAGUGUCUCUUAGAACAUCUGAUAUUCUUAUUCGAGCACCACUUUAUAAAUUGGGUAAAAAUUAUGGACAUGGUAGUACACAUGGUAUCGGUGCCUUCCUUGGAGUUCAUGAAGCUUUUAAUGUUACUUAUGAUCUGAAUUUCUUUGGAUCCCAGGAGCCUGGUUAUUAUCGUGAUAAUGAGUGGGGCAUGCGAUUAGAAAAUAUUGUUACUGUUGUCAAGGCUAAUACUAUGUAUGAGGCUGAUGGAGAGUAUUUUGCUUUCGAUACUGUAACAUUAGUACCUUACGAAAGAAAUUUAAUUGAUGUCAGCAAACUCACUAAUGCGCAGCUUGAAUGGCUGAACAAUUAUCACGAAAGGGUGAGAUCAACCAUUGGUGAUGAAUUGUUGCGACAAGAGGAUCAAGAAACUUAUGAGUGGUUAAUUGAAAAAACAGCAUUGAUAGUAAGAUCUGGAGCAGUUAGUAUCGUUAGCGUUUUUGCUCUUAUAGCGAUUUCCUUAUCAUUUACGAUAUUGGCGGCAUUGUAAAUAAAUGUGGGAGAUUCGAUGUGGUUCUGAAAAUAAAAUUAUUUUAUUAUA